CUCACGAGAAUUAUAUGGGACAAAGAUACUGUCAAACUUUAAAGCAGUAGAAACAGGUUUAAGAAAACACAGCAGGUCGUUGUUAAACAAAAUGAAAUUAAAGAAAUAUUUUCCAAACACACCAACUUGUAGAUAUUGUUUAGAAGAAGCGAAAGAUCUUAUUACACCUUGCAGUUGUAAAGGAAGUUUGAGAUAUGUUCACAAGAAAUGUUUGAUGGAAUGGUUUCAAACAAAAAAAGAAUUACAAUGCGAACUUUGUAAAACAGACUUCUCCUUGAAGGUCAAAGGUGUCAAAUCACCAGUUACGUGGAUUUUCCCGAAAAUUAUCUUCGACGACAUAUUUUUCCUGUUCGUGAUUGCAUUUAUCGUCCUGUCACUUGUUAUGCUCCCAGUUGGUUAUCUAUACUGCAAAAAAUGUUACACCAACUUUUGUAUCUUCUGCUACUGUUUUGUAGUCUUCGCAACUCUAUAUCUACCAACAAUGUUUGUUUACCUUAAAAUACCGGUAACCGAUUUUAUAAGAUGUUUGCGUGUUAACUUGUCAUGGGAAGUAGUUGAAAAGAAGACGCUGAUUGCUGGUGAUAAGAAAAGUAUUUAAAAGAAUAUAGUUUGAUACGUUAAAGUAUUGUGUUUUAUUGUAUGGAUUUUUUAUAGAAUUUUUUAUUUUACAUGUAUAUAUUUAUUCGGGUUUGUAAACAACUCAAUUUUUUUUUAUCAAAACUGAAUACCAUCUAUAAAUUUCGUAUAUCCUAUUAGUAGAUAAGAACGUCUGUAAAAGGUGACAAAUUUGACUCUUUAAAUUUUAAUAUGCGUUUAUUUUCUAAAAUGUACGCAUGAACGUUUGGAGAAAUGAAUUUCCCCCUUUUAGCAUUAAUGGACGGGCCUUUUCAUCAAAAAAACAUAGUGGCACAAAAUACUAAAAAUUAAAGCGUAAUUUUUAUUAGAUAGUAUUUUAUCUUUUACUGGCGAUAGCGUUGAUAUAUUUAUCGUGUUAUUACAUUACGUUGUUUUAUCGUAUCGAUGUUUUAUAGAUAAAGAGUAUAUUUUAUUUUAGAAGUGUUUUUACGGUUUAUUUACCUAAAAGGAGUUUUUAUUGAAAUAAAAGAAUAUCAUUACCA